UCCCUUUCCCCUUGUGUCCGCCAUAUUGGACGCUAACUCUGGUCAGCGGCGGCGCCGGGCCCGCUGGACUCGCCGUUCCUCUGGCCCAGCGACCUGCUCGCAGCUCCCGCCCGCUCGGCCCUCCCCGCCCGGAGGCUCCCCGCGCAGCCAGCGCCCCCCGCCCUCGGCCGGCCGGAGCGCCCCGCCGCCGCCUCAGCCUCCCCGCCUUCCCCGCCCUCCGCCGCCGCCUGCGGCCCCGCGCCCGUUCCGUGCCCUCUCCCCGCCCGCCAGCCCGCCCGCCAUGAGCCCGGCCGACGCCAAGCGCGGGGCCAAGCGCCGGAAGAACAAGCGUGGCAGCGGCGGCGGCUCGGGCGGCGGCAACGGCAGCGCGAGCGGCGGCAAGGCCGGCCCAGCGGCUGCGCUGCGCGGCUCCCAGGCCGCGGGCCUGGCGGCCCCGGGCGGCGAGGCGGCGGCCAAUGGGCCCCUCGGCCCGGGCGCGGGCGGCACCGCCCCGGGAGGCUACUUCGAGACUCCUUUUAAUUUUGGCAUGAAUCAUAGAACACCAUCCUACCCCCCUGGGGAUCAUUGUCUUCUGUGCAGAAGCGAGAGGAAAGACUCUUCAUUCUUAGAGAGUGGAAUUAAGACCGCAAGCAAAUUGGCCCUUUCCAUGGCUCCCAAGGGCAACAGCGUGCUGCGCCUACCGCUGUGGGUGUGCCCCGACUGCCGGCGGACCGUGGAGAAGGAGGAGAGGCACAGCAGCCUUGACCGGCCGGCGCAGAGCCAAGACUUUCUUCUUCACUCCUCUCUUGGUGGGUCCCAGCCAGAGGCAGGCAGCAGCGGGAGGCUGGCUCUUGGCACUCAGACCCUGCCCCAAGCCGGGCUGGGCGGCGCUGCCCCCUCGGACGCAGCAUGCGCCUGUGAGGCCUGCAGCGAGCGCAGAGAGAUUGCAGCAGAGCCCGACCGGGAGCCUCAGCAGCUGCAGAACUAUUGGUCAGAAGUGCGCUACAUGGUCCGUUGCAUUUACCGCCAGGCAGGGACCCCACUGGCAGACGACCAGGACCAGAGUCUCGUGCCCGACAAGGAGGGGGUGAAGGAGCUCGUGGAUAGGCUGUGCGAGCGGGACCCCUACCAGCUGUACCAGCGGUUGGAGCAGCAAGCCAGAGAGUAUGUGCUGGAGAUGAAGGUCCGCCUCCUGCGGCAGUUGUCGGCUGCGUCCAAAGUGCGAGCACCGGCCGCUCUGCAGGGCCCUCCACAGGCACACCAGUUCAUCUCACUCCUCCUCGAGGAGUACGGCGCCCUGUGCCAGGCAGCCCGCACCAUCAGCACCUUCCUGGGCACUCUGGAAAACGAACACUUGACAAAGUUCCAGGUGACAUGGGAGCUGCAUAAUAAACACCUAUUUGAAAACCUGGUCUUUUCGGAGCCUCUUCUCCAGAGCAACUUGCCAGCACUGGUGUCACAGAUCAGGCUGGGGACCACGACACAUGACACCUGUCACGAGGAUGCAUACAGUGUCUUGCUGCAGCGAUACCAGAGCUCUGAGGAGGAGCUACGCAGGGUCGCUGAGGAGUGGCUGGAGUGCCAGAAGAGGAUUGAUGCCUACGUGGACGAGCAGAUGACAGCGAGAACCAAACAGCGCCUGCUGACAGAAGACUGGGAGCUUCUCAAACAAAGGCGAGUCACGGAAGAGCAGUUAACUAAUAAGAAAGCAGCCGCUGGUGAGAACAACUUCACAGAUGCCAUGAGGCACAUACUGUCGUCUCGGCUGAGCGUGCCCGACUGCCCCAACUGCAACUAUAGGAGAAGAUGCGCUUGCGACGACUGCAGCCUCUCUCACAUCCUCACCUGUGGUAUCAUGGACCCCCCCGCCGCUGGCGACAUCCACAUUCACCAGCUGCCACUCCAGGUGGACUCCGCUCCUGACUAUCUCUCUGAGAUGCGCCCUCCUAGUGCGUCAUCAGCAAGCUCAGGGUCGGGCUCCAGCUCUCCCAUCACAGUCCAGCAGCAUCCCAGACUCCUCCUCACAGACAAUGGCUCUGCACCGACUUUUUGUAGUGAUGAUGAAGAUGUUACACCAUUGUCAGCUAAAUUUGCUGAUAUUUAUCCGUUGAGUAACUACGAUGAUACCGAAGUGGUGGCCAACAUGAAUGGGAUCCACAGCGAAUUGAAUGGUGGUGGGGAAAACAUGGCUCUAAAAGAUGAGUCCCCUCAGGUAAGCAGUGCCAGUGGUAGUUCCUCGGAAGCUGAGGAGGAAGAGGCGGAUGGAGAGAGCAGUGGGGAGCCACCAGGAGCCCCAGAGGGAGGCGGAGCUGUAGGAGACGGGAGCCCCAGGAGAGAGGAAAGCAGAGUGGACAGCCCGCCCCCAUCUUACCCAGCUCAGCAGGCUGAACAAGCUCCAAACGCUUGUGAAUGUCAUGUUUGUAAACAAGAAGUUUCUGGACUGACACCAUCAGCAAUGACAGUUGGAGCCCUCCCUCCUGGCCAUCAGUUCAUGAGCCCCGAGAAGCCCACACACCCUGCUCUGCAUCUUUACCCCCACAUCCAUGGACAUGUGCCUUUGCACGCAGUCCCACACCUGCCUCGCCCUCUUAUCCACCCCACCUUGUAUACAGCACCCCCCUUCACACACAGUAAGGCUUUACCGCCAGCACCUGUUCAGAAUCACACAAAUAAGCAUCAGGUAUUCAAUGCAUCUCUUCAAGACCAUAUUUAUCCGAGCUGUUUUGGGAAUACUCCAGAGUGGAAUAGUUCUAAAUUUAUAAGUCUUUGGGGAUCAGAAGUGAUGAAUGAUAAGAACUGGAAUCCUGGCACUUUCUUGCCAGAUACAAUUUCUGGGAGUGACAUUUUGGGGCCGACACUGUCAGAAACAAGACCUGAAGCCCUUCCACCUCCAUCUAGCAGCGAAACACCUGCAGUUCUGGACAGUAAAGAAAAAAAAAAUGCUGUAAGAAAGAAAUGUUUGUACAAUUUCCAAGACGCUUUUAUGGAAGCAAACAAAGUUGUGAUGGCCACCUCGUCAGCCACUUCCUCUGUGUCCUGCACGGCCACCACAGUUCAGUCAAGCAACAGCCAGUUCAAAGUGUCAUCCCAGAGGCCCCCUUCCAGAGCCGCUGGCAGUGACUCUCCUGCAUCUGUGAAUGCAGGUGAGGUCUUUCAUGGCGUCAGCAAAGAGGAUCACAGACACACGGCACCAGCCGUCCCAAGGAAUAGCCCCACAGGCUUGGCACCACUGCCCACUCUUACUCCUGCCACCCUCUCACCAGCCUCCACACCACACCUUGCCAGCCUUGCAGCCCCAUCCUUUCCCAAGGCUGUGACCACAUCACCUGGCUUUGUGGAGGCACGCAAGACCUUCUGUCCUGCUCCUGUGGCCCCCCCGCCCCCCACCACGGACAGCUCCACCAGUGCACCUCCCAGCGUCUGCAGUGACCCCGACUGCGAAGGGCACCGCUGUGAAAACGGCGUCUACGACCCACAGCAGGACGAUGGGGACGAGAGUGCCGAUGAGGACAGCUGCUCCGAGCACAGCUCCAGCACCUCGACCUCCACCAACCAGAAGGAGGGCAAGUACUGUGACUGCUGCUACUGUGAGUUCUUCGGGCACGGCGGGCCUCCAGCUGCACCAACAAGUAGAAAUUAUGCAGAAAUGAGAGAAAAGCUUCGUUUACGGCUGACCAAGAGGAAAGAAGAGCAGCCUAAAAAGUCAGAUCAGCUCUCAGAAAGGGAGAGUGUGGUGGACCACCGGCGGGUGGAGGAUCUGCUGCAGUUCAUCAACAGCUCGGAGACCAAACCAGUGAGCAGCACUCGGGCGGCCAAGCGGGCGCGCCACAAGCAGAGAAAGAACACUUCCAUCUCAAGUCACCUUCUCUUUUCCUGUCGGCAGCUAGAGGAGAAAGCUCGUCUUGAAGCAGAGGCCAGGGCCCGGGAGCAUCUGCACCUCCGUGAGGAGCAGCGGCGGCGGGAGGAGGAGGAGGAGGAGCGACUCAAGGAGGAGUUUCAGCGGCUGCAGGAGCUUCAGAAGCUCAGAGCCGUGAAGAAGAAGAAGAAGGAGAGGCUGAGUAAAGACUGCUCCAAGCUGGACAUGCUCACCGGGAACUUGCGGGCGGCAGUGGGGUAUUCACCUGGCUCUGAAGACAUCCACAAUGGCUCCCUGGAGCUCGCCGAGGAGCCAGAAGCCUCACCUUGUGCCCCAUCCCAACACAUGGAGCCGGUGCCGGGCCGGGCGGCUGACGGCGUCGCUGCCCACCCCACAGAUGCCAGAGACUCCAAGCCCCUUCUGAAGGAGGCCAGCGGAAAGCAGCAGGGGCCGCUGUCUUUUCUCCUCGACAUGAUGCAUCAGCACAAAGAGGGGAGUGGCAAACAGAAGCUGAGGCCGACUGGAAAGGCCAGCACUGAGCCAGCGAGGAAGUCCUCGGAGCCCCCCCGAGCACGGUCCCAGGCCGAGCCAAAGGCAGAGGUGCUGGACCUCGUGCCCCUGGCAGAGCAGAAGAGGGAGGAGAGGAGGGUCAGCAGCAGCAAGAAGCAGCCGAACCACAUCAAGGAAGAAAAGCCACACCUGGCCAGCCCCGAGCCUGCCUCCCCCAGUGGGCAGGCCCAGGGCAGCAAGCCGGCCCCGGCAGACUCCCCUCAGCCCAAGAGCAGGAACAAGAAAAGUAAGAAGAAGAAAGGAGACGGAGCCGGCUCUGCAAUUGAUGAUGUCUUUCUGCCUAAAGAUAUUGACCUAGACAGUGUGGACAUGGAUGAGACAGAGAGGGAGGUGGAAUACUUCAAACGAUUUUGUUUGGACUCCGCUAGACAAACCCGACAAAGGCUGUCCAUCAACUGGUCCAAUUUCAGCCUGAAAAAAGCCACCUUUGCUGCCCACUGAAUGAGGACUGCCUGGAGAGGGACGCGCGGGAGGUGGGCCAGGCCCCGGAGCUGCCGUGCUUGCCCAGGGCUGUGCCGGGUGGGCUGCACCUGAGACCCCCCACCCCCCAGACUGAGAACUUGCUGCCCGACCCGCGUUGUUAGCUCGUGUGCGUGUAGUCUGUGAGUGAGACCUCUUUGACUGUAGCUCUGUGCUGUCGGAUUGGAACAGUAGCUCCCGCCAGUCCUUCACCACCUCGGCCUCGGAGGCCUGGGCCGUGGCCAGAGACGAGAUUGCAUCACCCACGUGGCCCUGUCCUGUCACCUGCCCCCGCCGGGGUGUCGCCGUCACUCAGCUCUCGUGUGCCCCUGCAUCCCCCACCCCCACCCCAGGUGGGCUGGGUGGGGCAGGCGCGCUUCCGUUCUGCACAAUCUACUGUUAAGAGUGUACACGUUGCGCUGUUUGUGUCUGACCCCCUGACCUGUAGCCAGCUUGCGUAAGAUCCCUUGCCGAAUGAGAAAGUUCAAAAACAAAACCCACCCAGUACUCACACCAUCAAGUCUGUAGAGAGUGUACGACUGUAUUAACACGGAGGCCUGCCUGGCUACUUUUUUAACAUAUUGUUAAGUAAUAUUAAAAUCAUGUCUUUCUUUUUGAAAGAUGGAAUACAUUAGUACAGCAGAA